AUUGCCCCAAUGUUUGUUAGAGAGCAGACUUUAGCAAGAAUGCUUUAAAUGUUACCUCGAUACAUUAAACAACUAAGUAGCAUAAUAAUAUCAACAAUUAUAAAUUUAAAACCUUCUAACACUUCUACCAUCAAUAGAACUCUCUUAUGUGGAGGUAUAAAUUGUAUAGUGUCAUGUCUGUCUAUCGCUUUUUCUGAGUUGCAGCGGAAGCUUAUAACUGAGAAUGUCUGCUGAUGAAGAGGAGGAGGAAGAGAAUGUUUUUUCAUUUAAAGAUGAUCGCCCAGUACCAGACUCUGUUUACACAUAUCCUUCAGGAUUGAGAGAAAGUGCUAUUCCAUUGGUUAUUGAUAAUGGUUCUUAUCAAUGCCGUGCUGGCUGGGCCUCAAUGGAUAAACCUCAGUUAAUAUUCAAAAACGUGACUGCUAAACAAAGAGGGAAAAAGGAAUCUGAACUGCAAGUAGGAAAUGAUAUCAGUAAUCUAGAAGUUGUGCGUUGGAUUCUUCGGACUCAGUUUGACAGAAAUGUGGUUACACAGUAUGAUGUCCAGGAGCAAGUGUUUGACUAUAUUUUUAACCAUUUGGGUAUUGAUACUGAAAGUUGUGUGGAUCAUCCCAUUGUCAUGUCUGAAGCUCUGAGUAAUCCAAAUUAUUGCAGACAACAAAUGUCUGAGUUGUUGUUUGAAUGUUACCAUGUCCCUAAAGUUGCUUAUGGCAAUGAUGCAUUAUUCAGUUUGUACAAAAAUCAUCCAAAACCAGAAUCAGCAAAUGCUUUAAUAGUUGACUGUGGUUAUCAAACAACUCAUGUCAUUCCCUUUAUAAAUGGUCAAAUUGUUGCUGAGAAUUGUCGCCGUCUAAAUUUAGGUGGUUUACAUCUUGAUUCAUUCCUACACAGACUUCUUCAGUUAAAAUAUCCCAAUCAUUUGGCUGCAAUAACUCUUAGCCGUGCUGAAGAGUUAGUACAACACCACACACAUAUGGCAGUAAACUACCAUGAAGAGCUAGCAAAAUGGGCUGACUAUGAGUAUUAUGAAGCUAAUGUUCAUAAAAUCCAAUUGCCAUUCACUCUGACAACAGAAGCUCAAAUAACUCUUGAACAGCAAAAAGAACGCCGUGAACAACAUAUUCGAAGACUGAAAGAAAUAAAUGCCAAAAGAAGACUAGAUAAGCUACAAGAGAAUGAAGAACAUUUGUUGCAGCUGAAGCGUAUUCAACUGCUGUUGGAAGAAGAUGAUGAAGAUGCUUUGAAAAAGUAUCAUCAAGUUCUGAAGGACAUGGGAUUCCACUCCAGUGAUGAACUCCUUGCUACUAUGAAUAAACUUUCUGCUAAUAUACAGCGCACAAGGGCAAAAAUCCAUGGAAAAGAACUUACAGAAGAACCAGAGAAUAAAGAAGAAUCUAAAUUUGAUCUUCUCAAUAUUCCUGAUGAAAUGCUUACCAUUGAACAACAAGCAGCUAAGAGGAAACAGCAUAUUCUGAAGGCUGCUCAAGAAGGCCAGGCACAGGCACAGGCUUUACAACAAGCUAAAAUCCAAACAGAAGUGGCAGAAGAAUUACUUAUGGAGCAAAAACGUCUGACUGAUUUUGACAGUUGGUUAUAUGAAGUCAGGCAGAAGCGAAAGAACUUAUUGGAAUCUCGAACCAACCGACGACAACGCAAAAUAGACAUGGCCAAACGAAGGACACUAGCCUCUCAGCAAAGGAUGAAAAUUAUCUCCCAACUCGCACAAAAUAACAAAAAACAAAAGGAUGAUAAUUUUGGACAGAAUGAUGCUGAUUGGGAUGUGUACAAGGAAAUUAAUCCUGAUGGUGGAGAUACUGAUUCUGAGGUUGAGGAGGAACAACUAGAAGAACUUGAAACAAUGUUGAGGGAACAUGACCCUGAAUUUCUUAAGGAACUCGAGGAAAAUGCUGGAAUUGGAGAAUUUGAUAUUGCUGAAUAUUACCGUCUCCAUUUGGGAGUAGAAAGAAUCAGAGUUCCAGAGCUAUUAUUCCAGCCUUCUAUGAUUGGAAUUGAACAGGCUGGUCUUUCAGAAAUGGUUGAUUAUGUAUUGAAAAAAUGUUCUCCAUCUGAACAGAAUGCCUUGGUUCAGUGUGUCUUCCUGACAGGAUCAAAUGCCAUGUUUAAUAAUUUCAAUAAAAGAAUGGAACGAGAUCUUCUUGCCAUACGUCCAUUUCAAACCACAUUCUCUGUCUAUCGUGCAGCUGAUCCUAUUUUGGAUGCUUGGCAUGGUGCAAGACAGUGGGCUCUUUCACCAUUGGUUCAUUCUUGCAGUGUUACCAGAGCUAUGUAUGAAGAAAUGGGUGGUGAAUAUCUAAUAGAACAUGUUGCAUCAAAUCGAUAUUUUCCUACACCAGUUUUAGUUUCAAAAUAAAUUGGCUUCACAUUUAAAU